AAAUUUAAACAAGGAUUAUGCAAUUACAAACAAUUUCAGGCUGUUCAUAUGGCGAACCCAGAAACAAAGAAAAUUAAAAUUGAAGGUUCAGAAAGUGGAAUCGAAGAUUCGCUACAACCAAUGGACAGCGGUCCAAGUAGCCCACACAGUGAUCAAUCUCCUAGCGUAGCGGGCGGUGAAGAUGUGAAUGAUUUUAACUUUUUAGAUGUUGAAGGAGACUCGUCUAUAAAUAACAAAUAUACAGUUUACAAUAUUUAUGGCACAACAGUCAAACCGAAAAUUCCAGGGCGCGGUUCAUCCAAAAGAGGGCGACCAAGAGGUUCAAGGCGUGUUUCCGCUCUUGGAAGGUUCAACAACUCCGCAACUACACCUAAUAAUUCUAUGCACAUUGAAACAAACGAUCCCUUCAGCUCAAUCGAAUCUUCGCCAUCAACGUCUAUAUCAUCCGGAAGUUUAGGAUAUCACAGUUCUCCCGGCACAAGUAGCACAGUGAUUCGUCGUGGUCCAGGAAGGCCUCGUUUAAAACCUAGUGGUCCCAGUAAUUCAGGCCCCAGAGGUUCCUAUCGGCCGCGAAGGCCAGCGAGGCCCCUUCCCGUCCCGUUACCUACAGACGGUGGGGGAGGUUCUAAUACUACCGCUAAUUCUGGAUAUUCUGCCUAUCUGUACGAUUAUGCGGAUCAACCUUCUGAUUCUCAAUACUGAUCUCUUUCGAAUUAACUUGUCCAUUUUAUUAGUGUUGUUUCACAUUUCACUAUAGAAAUUGUAAAUAAAAGAUCCUAAUUGGCGGUGCUACAUAAGUUACUUCGUUAUAUAUCAAACCAAUUUCUGUUCCCACCAAAAUACUGCCUGUUCAUUCUGCUAUUUAAUGGCAAAGAGUAACAGUAUUCUUUGGUAAUGGCAAUAUUAUGUAUGUUGGAAAAAUCAAUUUGUGCUAUUGACAAAUCGAGGCGUUUUUAGUCAUUUCCAGUCAUUUUAGAACCAUUAGUAAAUAUGUUUACGUUGUUUUAUGUUUUUUUUAUAUUAAUGCAGACACUUUGAAUUGUUUUAUAUUUGAUGUCUGUUACUGUAUAUAUUACUUAAUAUUUUUCUGCCUUUGUUUUAACAGAAUUGUUUUUAAAAUGUACACUAUUUACCUAUAAUACGCGACCAACUGUAAGUGAAAGACAAUUAAAUAUUAUUUCAAUUA